AACUAACCUAAAAAUAAGUACACAAAAAUAGAUUAAGCCGCAUUUAAACGAAAUGAUCCUUUCAGAUUCGAUUUUAUUCAGUUUAUCGAUGCUGGACACCGGCGCCUUGCUGUUUCUACUAAUAUACUUCCUAAUCACUUUGUCCGACUUGGAGUGCGACUACAUGAACGCACAGGAGUGCUGUUCGAGAUUAAAUCAAUGGACGAUGCCGAAAUUAGUCGCCCACGUAUUCGUCAGCACGAUUCUUUCGAUGCACGGCCACUUCGUGCUGGUGUUUCUGAACCUCCCGAUGACUAUGUGGUUGAUUUACGAGAUACUGACCAUACCGAAGGGGAACUUGGGGCUGUACGAUCCCACGGAAAUACACAACAGAGGCCAGAUUAAAAAGCACAUGAGAGACUGCAUGAUUUACCUGGGGUAUUAUUUGAUAUUUUUCUUUAUUUAUUUAUAUUGUAUGAUUACUUCGUUGCUGAAAGACGAUCCGUUACGAAGGAAAGACGAUGAGGAAAUAAUUUAUGAGUUUUAAUAUGUGGUAUCUUACGUACAUGGGAAACAAUUCAAUGUGAUAUUUUGAGAAUUUUUACCAUAAUGGUCGUAUUAAUCUAAGUUUGAGCAACAGGUCUGAUAUUAUUUACUCGUGGAAGUGAAAAUGUGUGUAUCAAUUAUACGAAAUCAUAUUUAUGCAACAAAAUAUGAUCAUAUGCAUGAAGGUAAUAAAAUAUUAAUUUAUAAUAUUCACUAAUUCGUUUGAUUUUC